ACUUAAGAGGUCAAUGACAUGUUAAUUUGCUAAAUUAUAGAAAAAAAGAGAAUACAUUGAUUAUAACAUUUCCUGAAACGUCUCACACAUUGCCUGAAGAAUUGUGAAAGUUGCGACCUUCAAUCAAUUCAUAAAUGAUUUAAUUUCAAUAAAAUGUAAAGACAUUCCUUCGGGAAAAACCGUAGUGCAAAAAAUCGUUUCAAAGAUAAGCGAAGAGAAGGGUUUUGCCGUUUUGUAUAGAGUAAAUAAUCAGUAGGGGUAAACGGGUCGAUUAUGACAUCAGCACUAUCUGGGAAAAGAUUUGCCAGGUGCCCCGCGGAGGCUACUUUCAAGAAUACCAAGAUAACAUAGAAACUAAAUGGGGAUUUAAUGACAUCUUUGUAUUUCUGGAAGUAUCUAGUCCAUACCCAAGUUAUCAGAAAGUUUUAAUACCUACUAAGACUCGAGAUAUCAACUAGGUAAGUAGCCCUUCAAAGUAGACUCCUCGGGAAAAAUUUUCCCACCUCAUUUCUCACAAUCCUAAAAUUGGUAUAUAUACACCUAAUAUUUCCUUUCGAUUUUUUUACUUGGGUAUUAAAAUCCCCCAACCAUUGUUUAUUGCGUGUACUUUCAAUACUCAAGUCAAUAUGAGCGCCGAAGAUGAAAAGAUGUACAUCUCGUACAACAACGUACACCAGUUGUGUCAAGAAAUAGCUGACAAGAUUAAAAAGUUCAAUCCAGACUUGAUUAUUGCAAUCGGUGGAGGUGGAUUUAUCCCUGCUCGUAUGUUGAGAUCCUUCUUGAAGGAGCCUGGUCAGCCCAACGUCAGAAUCAUGGCCAUUAUCUUGUCUUUAUACGAGGAAAUCGACACAUAUGGAGAUGAUGCUGAAAACCCUGGUACCAAAGUGGUCAGAACUCAGUGGAUUGACUAUAACCAAUCCAAGAUCAACUUGGUGGGCAAAAAAGUGUUGAUCAUCGACGAAGUGGACGACACCAGAACCACUUUGCACUACGCUGUUUCGGAGUUGAAGAAAGAUGUUGUUGAACAAGCUAAGGCAGUUGGAGCUGAUCCAAACGACACGACCUUUGGGAUUUUUGUCUUGCACGACAAACAGAAAACUAAGAAGGCUGACUUGCCCGAUGAGAUCAUGAAGACAGGUAACUAUUUUGCAGCCAGAACCGUUCCAGAUGGUUGGAUUGCAUACCCUUGGGAAUCUGUUGACAUUGUGUACCAUACCAAGAUGGCCAUAAAACAAGGCAACGAUGUAUUUAUACCUUCGUCCAGAGAGUAAAUAUUUUAAUCCAUGUGCAUCACAGGCUUUUUUACUAGGUGUAUCAUUAA